AUGAAGGAGAAGGCAGUGGAGGCAAACAGAAUCUCCUACGACCCCACCAGGUAUCCCAAGUACCUGCCGGAGGCGUACUGCCUGUGCCGAGGCUGUCUGACCGGACCCUUCAGCGAGGAGGACCUGCGCUUCCGGAGCGUCCCGGUGCUCAUGCCCACUGUGGUCCUGCGCCGCACUGCGGCCUGCGCCGGCGGCCGCUAUGUGUACACCGAGGAGUACGUCGCUGUGGCGGUGGGCUGCACCUGCGUCCCUGCGCAGGCCAAAGACGCUGAGAGCAUCAACUCCAGCAUGGACAAGCAAGCGGCAAAGCUGCUGCUGGGCACCAAUGACCAACCCGCUGACCCCUGA